CAAUCGCAAUUAAAGUAAAUUAAAAUUAAAUAAGAACUGCACUACAUUUUGCUAUACAGCUAAGUUAAUUUAAAACAAAACUAACCGAAAAAAUGAAAUUCUACGUGUGCGUUGUUGCUGUUUUUGCUGCUGCUUUCGCCAGCCUGUGCUUUGUGAGUGAAGCAGUGGUGGCACGCGCCCAAUACAAAAACUCAGCUUACCCCGGCAAAUGUGUCAUCUCCGAAGAUUUGAUUCUGUCGCCUGGUCAAACCGGUAAGGCACCCAACAAUCCCUGCGCCAGCAUCAAGUGCCUGGACGAUGGAAAUGUCGAGUUCAGAACCUGUCCUGCUGUGGCGCCACCCAAAGGCUGCAAGCAACGCGACUUCGUCAACGCCAAACGUCCCUACCCGGAUUGCUGUGAACGCACCUACGAUUGCACGCGUAGCUUUUAAGUGAAUAAUACGUCGUGUGCGUAAGCGAACGACAAAGCGGAGAAAAAGGGAGAAACGAAGCGAUAUAACAACUCAGAAAUACCCAUCAGUAACCACAUAGAUACGUCGCCGCCAUUAAGCCCAUCCACACCAGCAUUAACCACUUUGUCAGCAUUAUAGCCAAUAAAAGCGUCACGAUCAUUCGACACCACCGUCAUUACCACCAUCAUCCUCAGCAUCUCGGCAUCUCAGCGGUAUCAUUUUAAUCAUCGGCAAUUACAUAGUGCCAUCAUAGCCAUUUGCUUCCUCAUUGCCGUUGUGAGGUGUGAGUCAAGCCACAAACACGCCCCGCAUUGUUCGGCGCCAGCACACUUGACAUAUGCGCACACGCU